UGCCUUAGGGAGCGAGUGCGGAGGGAGUGGGAGUGGGACGGCCCCGAGUGGAAGUGUCUGCCUCUCCGGGGAGAGCCUGCACUCCUCGCUGCUCAUGAGCUCGUUUUCCGGCGAGCAGCGCCGUCGUUAGGUCGGCCCCGUAGCCUCUGCUUCCCCCGGGACAGGCCUACGCCUCUCCGGGGAGGGGGCAGCCCGUCGAGGCGCCUCCCUUGUCAGCGUCUGCGUCGCGCUGUGACCCUGGAAGCGGGAGCCGCGGCGAGCGAGAGGAGGAGCCCCAGCGGCGGCGGGCAGCAGCACGAGCAGCGCCGGCGGGCGGGAUCGAGGCCGGCAACAUGGCGAGCGCCUCGUACCACAUUUCCAAUUUGCUGGAAAAAAUGACAUCCAGCGACAAGGACUUCAGGUUUAUGGCUACAAAUGAUUUGAUGACAGAACUGCAGAAAGAUUCCAUCAAGUUGGAUGAUGAUAGUGAAAGGAAGGUAGUGAAAAUGAUUUUGAAGUUACUGGAAGAUAAAAAUGGAGAGGUACAGAAUUUAGCUGUCAAAUGUCUUGGCCCUUUAGUGAGUAAAGUAAAAGAAUACCAAGUAGAGACAAUUGUAGAUACCCUCUGCACUAAUAUGCUUUCUGAUAAAGAGCAACUUCGAGAUAUUUCGAGUAUUGGCCUUAAAACAGUAAUUGGAGAACUCCCUCCAGCUUCCAGUGGCUCUGCAUUAGCUGCUAACGUAUGUAAAAAGAUUACUGGGCGUCUUACCAGUGCAAUAGCAAAGCAGGAAGAUGUCUCUGUUCAGCUAGAAGCCUUGGAUAUUAUGGCUGAUAUGUUGAGCAGGCAAGGAGGACUUCUUGUUAAUUUCCAUCCUUCAAUUCUGACCUGUCUGCUCCCCCAGUUGACCAGCCCUAGACUUGCAGUGAGGAAAAGAACCAUUAUUGCUCUUGGCCAUCUGGUUAUGAGCUGUGGAAAUAUAGUUUUUGUUGAUCUUAUUGAACAUCUGUUGUCAGAGUUGUCCAAAAAUGAUUCCAUGUCAACAACAAGAACCUACAUACAGUGUAUUGCUGCUAUUAGUAGGCAAGCUGGUCAUAGAAUAGGUGAAUACCUUGAGAAGAUAAUUCCUUUGGUGGUAAAAUUUUGUAAUGUAGAUGACGAUGAAUUAAGAGAGUACUGCAUUCAAGCCUUUGAAUCAUUUGUGAGAAGAUGUCCUAAGGAAGUAUAUCCUCAUGUUUCUACCAUUAUAAAUAUAUGUCUUAAGUAUCUUACUUAUGAUCCAAAUUAUAAUUAUGAUGAUGAAGAUGAAGAUGAAAAUGCCAUGGAUGCGGAUGGUGGUGAUGAUGAUGACCAAGGGAGUGAUGAUGAAUACAGUGACGAUGAUGACAUGAGUUGGAAAGUGAGACGUGCAGCUGCUAAGUGCUUGGAUGCUGUAGUUAGCACAAGGCAUGAAAUGCUUCCAGAAUUCUACAAGACCGUCUCUCCUGCACUGAUAUCCAGAUUUAAAGAGCGUGAAGAGAAUGUAAAGGCAGAUGUUUUUCAUGCAUACCUUUCUCUUUUGAAGCAAACUCGUCCUGUGCAAAGUUGGCUGUGUGACCCUGAUGCAAUGGAACAGGGAGAAACACCUUUAACAAUGCUUCAGAGUCAGGUUCCCAACAUUGUUAAAGCUCUGCACAAACAGAUGAAAGAAAAAAGUGUGAAGACCCGACAGUGUUGUUUUAACAUGUUAACUGAACUGGUAAAUGUAUUACCUGGGGCCCUAACACAACACAUUCCCGUACUUGUACCAGGAAUCAUUUUCUCACUGAAUGAUAAAUCAAGCUCAUCAAAUUUGAAGAUUGAUGCUUUGUCCUGUCUAUAUGUAAUCCUGUGUAACCACUCUCCUCAAGUCUUCCAUCCUCAUGUUCAAGCUUUGGUCCCUCCAGUGGUGGCUUGUGUUGGAGAUCCAUUUUACAAGAUUACAUCUGAAGCGCUUCUUGUUACUCAACAGCUUGUCAAAGUAAUUCGUCCUUUAGAUCAGCCGUCCUCGUUUGAUGCGACUCCUUACAUCAAAGAUCUAUUUACCUGUACCAUUAAGAGGUUAAAAGCAGCUGACAUUGAUCAGGAAGUCAAGGAAAGGGCUAUUUCCUGUAUGGGACAAAUUAUUUGCAACCUUGGAGACAAUUUGGGCUCUGACUUGCCUAAUACCCUUCAGAUUUUCUUGGAGAGACUGAAGAAUGAGAUUACACGGUUAACUACAGUGAAGGCGUUGACACUGAUUGCUGGGUCGCCUUUGAAGAUAGAUUUGAGGCCUGUCCUGGGAGAAGGGGUUCCUAUCCUUGCUUCAUUUCUCAGGAAAAACCAGAGAGCUUUGAAACUGGGUACCCUUUCUGCUCUAGAUAUUCUAAUUAAAAACUAUAGUGAUAGCCUGACAGCUGCCAUGAUUGAUGCAGUUCUAGAUGAGCUCCCCCCUCUUAUCAGCGAAAGUGAUAUGCAUGUUUCACAGAUGGCUAUCAGUUUUCUUACCACACUGGCAAAGGUGUAUCCCUCCUCCCUUUCAAAGAUAAGUGGAUCCAUUCUCAAUGAACUUAUUGGACUUGUUAGAUCACCUUUAUUGCAAGGGGGAGCUCUUAGCGCCAUGCUAGACUUUUUCCAAGCUCUGGUUGUCACUGGAACAAAUAAUCUAGGAUACAUGGAUUUGUUGCGCAUGCUGACCGGUCCAGUUUAUUCUCAGAGCACAGCUCUUACUCAUAAGCAGUCUUAUUAUUCCAUUGCCAAAUGUGUAGCUGCUCUUACUCGAGCAUGCCCUAAAGAAGGACCGGCUGUAGUGGGUCAGUUUAUUCAAGAUGUCAAGAACUCAAGGUCUACAGAUUCUAUUCGCCUCUUAGCUCUACUUUCUCUUGGAGAAGUUGGGCAUCAUAUUGACUUAAGUGGGCAGCUGGAACUAAAAUCUGUCAUAUUAGAAGCCUUCUCAUCUCCUAGUGAAGAAGUCAAAUCAGCCGCAUCCUAUGCAUUAGGCAGCAUUAGUGUGGGCAACCUUCCUGAAUAUCUACCAUUUGUCUUACAAGAAAUAACCAGUCAACCCAAAAGGCAGUAUCUACUGCUUCAUUCCUUGAAGGAAAUUAUUAGCUCUGCAUCAGUGGUGGGCCUUAAACCAUAUGUUGAAAACAUCUGGGCCUUAUUGCUAAAGCACUGUGAGUGUGCAGAAGAAGGAACCAGAAAUGUUGUUGCUGAAUGUCUAGGCAAACUCACUCUAAUUGAUCCAGAAACUCUCCUUCCACGGCUCAAGGGGUAUUUAAUAUCAGGCUCAUCAUAUGCCCGAAGCUCAGUGGUUACAGCUGUGAAGUUUACUAUUUCUGAUCAUCCACAGCCUAUUGAUCCACUAUUAAAGAACUGCAUAGGUGAUUUCCUAAAAACGUUGGAAGACCCAGAUUUGAAUGUAAGAAGAGUGGCCUUGGUCACAUUCAACUCAGCAGCACAUAAUAAGCCAUCAUUAAUAAGGGAUCUUCUAGAUACUGUUCUUCCACAUCUUUAUAAUGAAACAAAAGUUAGAAAGGAGCUUAUAAGAGAGGUAGAAAUGGGUCCAUUUAAGCAUACAGUUGAUGACGGCCUGGAUAUUAGAAAGGCAGCUUUUGAGUGUAUGUACACACUUCUAGACAGUUGUCUUGAUAGACUUGAUAUCUUUGAAUUUCUAAAUCAUGUUGAAGAUGGUUUGAAGGACCAUUAUGAUAUUAAGAUGCUAACAUUUUUAAUGCUGGUGAGACUCUCUACCCUUUGUCCAAGUGCAGUACUGCAGAGGUUGGACCGACUUGUUGAGCCAUUACGUGCUACAUGUACAACUAAGGUAAAAGCAAACUCAGUAAAGCAGGAGUUUGAAAAGCAAGAUGAACUAAAGCGAUCUGCCAUGAGAGCAGUAGCAGCACUGCUAACCAUUCCAGAAGCAGAGAAGAGUCCACUGAUGAGUGAAUUCCAGUCACAGAUCAGUUCUAACCCUGAGCUGGCAGCCAUCUUUGAAAGUAUCCAAAAAGAUUCAUCAUCCACUAACUUGGAAUCAAUGGACACUAGUUAGAUGUUGGUUCAACCUGGGGACCAUUACAUUGACCAUAUGAUGCACUGAAUUGACAGGUUAAUCAUAAGACAUGGAAAGAAGUAAAGCUUCAAAAUGUUCCACUUUUUUUUUUUCCUUCGUGGAGACAGUUUGACUUUCUUCCAUUGUUGUUUUUUAUAGCAUUUAUUUCAGAAAUACGUAUUUCCAUAAUCCAGAGGUUGUAAAGCCACUAAUGUUUUAGUGGUUAGGGCAACAUUUAAAAUGACAUCUAAAAGUUAGGAUUGAUGGAGAUAGGGUCCAGUAUCUAUUUACCCUGUAAUGUUUAGGAUUAAAAUGUUAAAAUUUUGUGACCAUGAAUUUUCUUUCUUUUAUAAAUUCUCUCUUAUUUAAAAAUCAAAAAUUCUGCAAGA